GCACCGGCUAGCUUUGUAUCCGGUUGCGCCCGUCAAUUAGGGUUUCUUACUCUCUCCCUCUUCUCUCUCUCUCCCACUCAGUAUAGGUAUAGCAGGGCUUGUCUUCUCACAACAUUUUGACUCAAAUGCUUCGUCUUCUCCGUAGAUACCCCUUCCACAGGCCAAUCACAAACAACUCGUCAUGCCCGACACAUCUGCGUCUCCUCCACGACACGGUGCCUAAGACCCUAACCCCGUCGGUUUCAGAUGUUACCGUCUCCUACCUCGUCGGAUCCUGCGGCCUCUCACUGGCGGCGGCCCUCUCCAUAGCCAAGAAGUUUACCUUGAAAAGCACUGGUAACGCUGAUUCCUUCCUCUCCCUCCUCAGAGCUCAUGGCUUCAAUCAAGGCCAGAUUGCCUAUAUUGUCUCCAGCCAGCCCGCGUUGAUUAGCUAUAACCAGGAGAAGAAGAUCAAGCCAAAGUUGGAGUUUUUCCUCAACGUGGGCUACUCCAAAGCCGACUUAGUCAAGCUUAUUUCCUCAGAUCCUAGCAUCCUGAAAGCCAGUUUAGAAAAUAAGAUCAGACCCAACUUCGAUAUGCUCAAGAGCAUCCUAGGUACUGAUAAGGAAGUUGCUACCGCCAUUGGGAAUUCUUCUAGACUUCUCCGAGAGAGAUUGGACAAUUGCGUUCUUCCCAACAUGAAAACCUUAAUGGAAUUAGGAGUUCCAGGGCACAGGAUUGUUAAAUUGUCCACCUUUUACCCUAGAGCGAUGAUGAAGGGCCCUGCUCACUUCAACCAAGCUAUUGACUUGCUUAAGAAAAUGGGCUUCGAUGCCUCUAAACUUGUGUUUGCCCUAGGAGUUAAUGUUCUCUCUGGGCUGUCUUCGUCUACAUGGAACAAGAAGUUGGAGCUCUUCCGGAGCUUAGGUUGGUCAAAUGAGGAUACUUUUACUGCAUUCAAGUAUCAUCCUUACUGCAUGCUUAUUUCAGAGGAGAAGAUCAAGCGGAAUUUUGGUUUCUUUUCUGAGAAGCUUAAAUGGGAGCCCUCGUAUGUGGCUGCAAGGUCAAUUAUACUUUCUUACAGUUUUGAUAAGACAAUCUCCCCAAGGUAUAAGAUUUUCCAGUUUUUAUCAUCCAAUGGCUUAAAAAAAAGAACAGGGGAUUUUGCAUCAUUCCUUCGGAUGCCUCGGAAGAAAUUCUUUAAUGACUAUGUGAUCAAGUAUGCAGAUCAAGUUCCAGAGCUGUUUGAAAUUUACAAGCAUGAGUUUGAAUCUUCCAGAUGUAUGGUAGAGCAUUGAUUAUGGCAACCAAAGUCUAGGAACCAUUAAAAAUGUUCUGAAAUCCAUAUUCUUUUUUGUCAAUCCUUUGGAUGAUAACAUACAGAAGAUCUUAUACCUUGGGGAAACUCUCUUCUCAAAGCUAAAAGAGAGUAGAACUGGUCGUUCUGCCAC